AUGUCUUCAAUCACUGGAGGAGUGAAAAAGAAGAAAGAUGAUAUUAUUGCUCUCUCUCCCUUUGAGUCGACAGCUGACGAAGAGGAUGAGGAACGACAGCAGUUUGAAAAAAGUCUCACAGUCGUUCAUUGUCUACCUUGCAUCAUGAAUUUUUCUCUUAUUUUCAUGAUCAUUGUGUGUACGUUUGGUUUCCCCAGUGAUGGUGUCCCUCCGAAAAAGAAAAAAACUGAGAGUCCCGGUGGACUACAAAGUAGUACUACUACAUCACUGUCUACUUCUACUCCGUCACCAACUAAUUCUGCCCCGCUGAACACGCAACCAUCCACAUCAAUUCGCUGUUAUUUUUCUGAAAUAAGAACGGGUCAGUUAGAAAAAACUGAAAGAGAUUCUUACACAAAAGUUUCAACUGAAUGCGGUGGCAAUUUAGUGAAAUGGAACACUUUGGUGGGUACUUAUCAAGGAAGAAUGCAUGAAGCUCAAAAUGAAAUGGAUCUAAUGGCAGCAAGAGGUGCAGCUGAGUAUCAUGAUUUUGACAACCCAGUAACUAAUGAGGAAGUCGGAAACCGAAUUGUUUGUGAUCACCACCGGAAAGAAUUAAUAUCCGAUUGGAACACCUGGCAUCUUGGCCAACACAUCCGGCAAGUGAAAGAAAAUCAUCAAUUAAAGUGCGGAUUGCCAUCAGUAGUCAGCCCUCAUUCAACUGUAGCAACACCUAAAGUAGGCCAUUGUUUUUUAUCACGGAACGAAGCAAAACGGAUUCUCGAAGAACACCACGUACAUGUACAUGUUGGAACUCCUCUCUGCAAGCCUCAUAAAGAUUUUGUUUCUGUUGCUGAAUGUGUCAGCUUAUUGGAAACAUCAGUAUCGAUUGACGCACCUGUUUCGAAACGUUUAAUUUCUGCUGUGUCCAAGUAUCAGGACGAGUCACAAUCAUGUAGCCGGGAUGACUUGAUGGAAGUAGAUGAAAAUGAUGAGACUGAUGAAGAUAGCUUGGCUUAUUAUCCAAUCAACAAAGAUGAAAAACAAGUGUGCAAUUCGAAAUUUUAUGAAUGGUUGGAUUCGCUCGGAUUAAAAAAAAUACAACCCCGAAAGUCGUUUUCUCAGUUGAAUCGUAGAACUAAGCGAAGAAAGGCAGUUGCUAUGAAGCAGGUGAUGACUGAAGCACUGGAACUUUUAGCUCCAGGAAGUAGUGAAGAACUGUACGAGUUAAUGUUGGAUUUGGAUGGAAACAGAUGGACAACAAUAAGAUCGCGCUUAUUCGAAGAAUUGAUGGAGAGCAUUGUAACUGAGUAUUCUAAAGUCAUAACUCGUAAAGAAAGAAGAAGCCUCCUGUCAUUAGUCACAUCCAUUUUGCCAUACUCCACUAUCUUGAAGUAUUUUCCUGGUAUAACCCGAUACGAGUAUACUAAGUCACGUCAGUAUAGCGUUUUGUUGAACCGAACGCCGUACACUUCUUCCAUACGGCAAAAGUAUGUCAAAGAGAAUGUCGUUGCUUUCAUUGACUUCAUCACCAGCCCGUUAAUUCGUUCUGAUUUGCCAUAUGGACGAAGAACUCUCACAAAGUCAGAUGGAUCCAAACUAGAUGUUUCCAAUUCUCUUCGAAAUGUUAGAGCUAUUGAAAUUGUCGAGAUGUAUAUCUCAAUGAAAACGGAAGCGAAUGAAGAAUCACAGUUGAUGAGCCGAAGCACUUUGUUCAAAAUAUUGGAAAAGUGCAAAGCUACCAAAAGGGAAGCUUUAGAAUGUGUUGAUUAUUUUAUAAGCGAUGCUCUUGACUCCUUUGAAACGAUUUCCCAGCAUGUGAAAAAAAUGAUGACAUCCGGCUAUAUUGACGCUCAAACAGAAAAGGAUUUUGACAAACGCCUUCAUGAAGCAAAGCUGUAUUUGCAAACCGAUUUCAAAUUACAUCUUAAAUUUGAGUCGAAAAUAUCAGAUCAUUGCAUUCAGUUUGCAUUAUCCGACUCUGGUAAUUCCAAGUAUGCAUCUGGUUGUCAAGAAGGAAAAUCUUCUCACGAUCACAAGGAAAACUUCUGUGAAAGGUGUCAAUCAGUAAGAGAUAUUUUUGAUGAUCUAAAAAAAACGGUGGAACAACUGCUGAAACAGGCAAAAGAAAAAAGCCUUCGGAAGACCAAAGACGAAAAUAUCAAAUGUGAAACGGAAUUGACCGUCAUGUUGAGCGACAUAGAAACAGCCGAAACAAAUGUUAUUGAACUGAAGAAACACCAGGUUCGAAAUAAACAUUCAAAUAAUGUUCGUCAGAAAAUUGUGGAUGCGUUACAAAAAGGCGAUGCAUUGUUGACUCUUGACUGGGCUCAGAAAAUCAUGCCAAUGCAAGCUAGUGAGUCACAAUCAGAUUUCUAUGGGAAAAGCGGUAUCAGUGUGCAUGUGACAAACGUUCUGAGCAUCGAUGAAAACGGGAAUUUCCGUCAACACAAUUUUGUCCACAUCAUGAAACACGAGGCGCAAGACGCAAUCACAGUACUGCUCAUACUUGAACACGUGUUAGGCGAGCUCAAAAAAUCGGGCAUACUGCGUGUUCAUCUGAGGAGCGAUAAUGCCGGAUGCUACCACUCUACAAAAAUAAUCACUUCACUACCAACGAUUUCCAAAAAAACCAAGGUCGAUAUUGCCAGUUUCACUUUUAGUGAGGCGCAGGGUGGAAAAGGAGCAGCUGACCGAGCCGCUAGUGAAUUCAAGACAAAGCUUAGAACAUGGUUGGCAUCUGGGAAAAAUGCAGAGAACCCGGAGCAGCUGUUCUUAGGCUUGACAGAAGGGCGCAUACCAAAAGCCAUGUCUUCUUACUUAUGCACAAUAGACUUCUCAACGGUUACAGAAGGGAAAAACGAAAUCAAAGAAGUUCAAAAUCUUUAUGACUUCCGGUUCGACAACAAAAAUGGCAAGAUGAUUGCUAGAAAAUUUGGAUGGAUUGGUGAAGGAACAGUACAUGAGACAAAGAAGUUUGUUGCAGCGAAAGGAACACUAAACAUUGAACAAUCUGGAGGACAUGUGACUCCGAAUCUCGAAACGUUCUGGAAGUCUGCAAAAUGUUCGAAAACGUGCUCAGAAUAUGACGCCGAGGAACAAAAAAAGAUGGAGGCAGUGAUUCCUUUUGGAGAAAAGAAUGUAGACGUUGAGGAGCCUAUCCCGAAGCCGGUGGAAACCGUCGUGUUCGAAUGCCCGGAGGAAGGGUGCACUGCCGUUUUUUCAAAAUACGGAAACUUAGAACGUCAUUUGUCUGUUGGCAAGCACGAUAUCAAGCCAGAAAGAGAAACGCUCUUGGAUUUUGCAAUGGAACGAUAUACAGAAAACAUUGAAGGUUUACGAGAAAGUUCAAUUCCGUCCUCAUUAAAAGAAGCUCUAGUUGAACUCCCAAAAGGAAUUGAACCAUAUUCGAAUCCAGAAGGUUGGGCACUACCAAGUAAAAGAGUGAAUAAGAAGUAUGACAAAGCGGUCGUGAAAUUUGUAAUGGAAAAAUUCGAAGAAUUAUCAGAGAAAAAAUUGAAAGUUUAUCGAAAGCUGAUUGCAGCCGAGAUCCGUGAACAGAAGAAAGAUGGGAAACUGCUUUUCUCAUCAGAUACUUAA